UCGCGGAGCAGCCCCCCCACCCCCCCUGCUUGCAGCGCGGCCCAGGGAGGGGGCGUCAUGUCCCAGCGGGUGAGGCGCAAUGGGUCCCCCACGCCUGCCGCCCCCCUCAGCGGAGGCGCGGGCCCCGCGCCGGGCCCCGGCCCCGGGGGCGUCCCCGGGAGCCGCCUGCAGCCCAUGAGGGCCACGGUGCCGUUCCAGCUGAAGCAGCAGCAGCAACAGCAGCAGCAACAUGGCAGCCCCACGCGGAGCGGCUGCGGCUCCGGCGGGUUUAACAACAGCGGCGGCGGUUCGGGACCCCAGGGAGGAGGAGGAGGAGGAGGAGGUGGAGGCGGCGGCGGCGGCGGCGGCGGAGGAGGAGGAGGAGGAGGUGGCGGCGGCGGCGUCAACGUCCCGCGCACCUCCUCGCGCAGCACGAGCCCCACGCGCGCCGGCGCCGGCGGGCCCAGCGCUCGCGCCAGCCCCACGGUGGCCACGCAGACGGGCGCGCCCCCGACGUCCACUCGGGGCACGAGCCCCACGCGGGGCGCGAGCGCGCGGGGCAGCCCUCCUCGCUCUCAGCAGCCGCCGCCCCCCCAGCCGCUCCUGGGCACCGUGUCGUCCCCCUGCUCGUCCCCCAUCCAUCUCCUAGCGAGCGACGCUAUCACAUCCCCUGGUGCCGCCCGGGUCCGACCCCCGAGGCGGUCCCCGGAGCAGAGCCGCAGUUCCCCGGAGAGGAGAAGCCCCAGCUCCCCGGUCUGCAAGGCGGGUGACAAACCACGGCCACCUUCAUCAAGCCCUUCCAGCAUUAUUCGUCGAACUUCCUCGUUAGAUACACUUGCUGCCCCUUAUCUUGCAGGACACUGGCCUCGUGAUAAUCAUGGGCAAUCUGUUCCAUGUAUGAGGGACAAAGCUACACAGACAGAGAGUGCCUGGGUUGAAGAAUACUCUGAGAAGAAGAAAGGAUCCCACAAGCGUUCAGCAUCUUGGGGCAGCACAGACCAGCUUAAAGAGAUUGCAAAAUUGCGCCAGCAGUUACAGAGAAGUAAACACAGCAGUAGGCAUCAUCGGGAUAAAGACCGACAGUCUCCAUUCCAUGGCAACCAUGCAGCCAUUAACCAGUGUCAGACUCCCAUUCCAAAGAGUAUACUUAUUCCAGUGAUUCCUAUCACCAAAUCAACAGGGUCAAGGUUCCGGAAUAGUGUGGAAGGGUUGAACCAGGAAAUUGAAAUAAUAAUUAAAGAAACUGGAGAAAAGGAAGAGCAGCUUAUACCACAAGAUAUUCCAGAUGGUCAUCGUGCACCUCCUCCCUUGGUACAGCGCAGUAGUAGUACGCGCAGUAUUGAUACCCAAACACCUGGUGGAGCAGACAGGGGAAGUAACAAUAGCAGCCGCUCCCAAUCUGUGUCCCCCACUUCAUUCCUUACCAUCUCAAAUGAAGGUAGUGAAGAGAGCCCUUGUUCUGCUGAUGACCUUCUUGUUGAUCCCAGAGAUAAAGAAAAUGGGAACAACUCUCCUCUGCCCAAAUAUGCCACCUCACCAAAACCUAACAACAGCUAUAUGUUUAAACGGGAACCUCCUGAAGGCUGUGAAAGGGUGAAAGUCUUUGAGGAAUGCUCGCCAAAGCAACUUCAUGAAAUCCCAGCCUUUUACUGUCCUGACAAGAAUAAAGUGAAUUUCAUUCCUAAAAGCGGCUCUGCCUUCUGCCUCGUCAGCAUCCUCAAGCCACUUCUUCCCACCCAAGAUCUUACCCUUAAGGGCUCAAGCCAUGGCCUGACUGUCUCCACUGGCAUGGCCCCCACUUUGCUGCAGCCUAUCGCCAUGGCCUCCCUGUCUACAAACCCAGAACAAGACCGGAUUUCUCGAGGAACGAGUACAGUUAUACCACAGACCUCUAUACUCCAGCAAUCAGGACCAUUUGAGGAGGCUGAGGGAUAGAUUACUAUUGCUCUGGGAAACUAAGAGAACCUAAUUGGGAAUAAGGUGUGAAUGAACAUUCCAAAUCAUGCCUCCUUCCAUCAAUUGAGUCUGCCAUCAAUAGACUCCUAAACUGUUUUGGUAGUGACAUGCCCCCAGCUGUCUGUGGUGAUGAUGUCAUGAUGAGCUUCCAUAAGAAAGCAGUACUUGUGACUGCUGUACCCCAUUUGUGAAGUCUCAAACUCAGUUCACAUCCCACUUUUUUUUUUGGCACUGGUUAAAAGAAAAAGGCUGUAUCAUUCUUUACUUUUGGAGGACCAUUUUAUCACAAUGCUUUUUGUGUCCCAAGUUAGACUUUUUAAAGAGCAAACAGAUCCCUGCAAACAUAAUUACCAAAGGGAGAAGUUACUGAUGCUGCAAGAACCAUCUUUUAUAUGAAAAUGACUAUUUUAUAAUAAUAACAAAUGUUAAUUUUCAGAUGCAUAGCAGACAAUAGGAUGUUCAGAAGACAUUUCCUUGGCCACUGUUUUUUUGUUUCCUUUUCUAGAUAUAUGCUAUUCUCAGCUGUUCUCCAGCUGCUGGGACCAAAGGGAUUGUUGAAAUUUUCCAGCAAUCUUAGUCACUUGACUAUGUUCUUCUCCCAACCAACAACAGAUAAAUAAAUGCAUUGAACGUUUGUAUGUAAACACACACACACACACACACACACACACACACACACACACACACACACACACACACAGAGCAAUAUUAGUUCAUUAUGUGAGGUUGUUUUUUGAUGUCAGAAGUUUUGUGCUUUGGAUACCAUCCUUUUAAAAGUGCUAUUCCCUCCUCUACAUUUAAGAUUCCUAUAUACCUUUAUCUGCAUGGUGAAAAAACUACACUCUGGAUACAAGUGCUUUAAUAUGCUAUCAGUGGAGUUUUGUUAGAAAAUCAAUGAGCCAAAAAAUAACUUAACCCCCAUUCUUGAUCACUUUAGCAACAGUGUGUGAAAUCAUGUGAUCUUUCCCCCUUAGCACAAAAAUUUCAUUUUCAGCUCAACCCUCAAUGUAUUGUAGCCCCAAGUGAUCCUAAUGUGGCUAUGCAUGGAUCCCCUCCCUUACUUUCGUGACCUUGCAGUCAGUGUUGUGGAUUGAUUCAGGGCAGAUUGUGCUGUGUUCCGCUGCAGCCAGUGGUCCCCCUUCCUGCCCCCUCCCCAAAGGUCACCUUCCUGAUCCCAGUCAUCUGAGGGUAUGGUUAGGUUUGUUGGUUUGUUUGGUUUUUUUACAUGUAAGGGAAAAAACAGAAAGGAAAAUGAAAAUAGAAAAGAAGUUAAAGAAAGGGGGCUCUUCUCUCAUUGAGAGGUGACCCAAGUUUCAGCUUAGGCAAGUCCUGCGGAUAGAAUCAAUAGCUGCAGGUUAUUUGAUUAUCAAAGCAACUCUUAGAAAAAUUCCAGAUAAGAACAUUAGUGGUUUGUGACAGAGCUUGAGUUGAGGGGCAGCUGUUUUGCAGUGUCAACAUAAAUAAAAACUGAAAGAAGCAUCCUUUUAAAAACUUCGUAUAGUAUCUUAAUAUGCAAUAAUUUUAUAUCCCUACAAAUACUACAGUCAGAAUCCAGUAUUGGGCACUUGAAAUGGAGAAAACAACUUCACUGUUCAAUCAGCCAUAGUUUUCUAAGCUCACAGUUCUGUCCCUUCAGGGAAAAACUGGUAGUAGCAAUAAGUGUUUUCGAAAGACUGUACCAAACUUGUAUUCGUGUUCCUUUCAAACAAUUGGUUGAUUAAAACCUGUUAAGUAAUUUUAAAAUGAUGUGACUUAGCCAUAUGCAUACAUUUGAAUAAAUCUGUUACACAUCAGUUGGUAGGUACAGUAUACUUUGAUACCCUUUUUAUCUGAGACUAAUUCUGAGUAUACUAUAUCUUGUGCAGUUAAGUUUUCAGUUAUUCAAGAGCUAAUCAUCCAGUUGUUAUCUUGAAGCCCCAUUUCUCUGCCAUCUUGUUUCUGUCUGAGAUAAUUCACUGUUCAUUAGCUACUGUACAAAAAAAAAGAGCCAGCGAUAUGAAGAGAUAUAAAACAAAUCCAUCAGCUUGGCUCCUUCUUUGUUAGUGCUUCUGGUGAAAAGUGUAGGAGGAAGUUGAAAUCAAUGGCUAAGAACACUAGAGUUUCUGGGUAAUUUAUGAAUUUUAAUAAUCCUUGCUAUAUUUUACUCUUAUACACCUUCCAUUUAAAAACAAAAUCUCCUGUAUUUAGCAUAGGUAAUCUAGGUUGACUGCAAAUUGAAUGCUUUUACCUAGAUGUAUACCUCUAUCCAGCAUAGACAAUACCUAUGAAUGUUCUACUUCUGCUAAAUCUGAAGCAUUUAAAAAUUACACUUGAAGCAGAUGUUUAAAAAUUAUUGUUUAUAUAGGCUUUGAAUUUAAAUAAAUUCUUAUCUAAUCCUUGGCUUUGAGAAGAAUGAAAAUCCCCAGGUGGAUUACUUCUUUGGCUUCCAAAUUAACCUUGAAUGCGUUCUUAGAUUCUGAGCUUUGGGUCUUUUUAUUUCAUUUGAAUUGAUACAGAACUUUACAGCAAUUGCCAAAGGGCUAAUUUCAGCAUAUAAGCUUCUAUUGUAAACUUGAGAAAAUUAUUAACCAUUCUAACUGUCAGCCUUUCACCCAUCUGUCUCUUUUCAUAGACGUUUGACGAAUUUAAGAUGAAGCUUAACCUUAAAUAUAGUGUUACUAUUACAAUUAAGUUCUUAUGUUUCCAAAAAUACUAUUAAACAAGCAAUAUACAAACAUAAUAGCAGAGGUGGUAUAAACUCCAUAUUCAGGUCAAGGAUCAUGGAUUGAGGGCCAGAAGAGACCUUAGAGGUCAUCUAGUUGAACUCCUUAAUUUUACAGAUGAGGAAACCAAGGCCAAAAGAGGUUAAAUGGCUUAUUUAGAGUCACAUGAUUACUAGGAUGCUGAGCCAGAAUUGAAAUUCAGGUCAGCCAACUCCAAAUCUAACACUUUUAAAAUAAAUUGUACCACUUUUCUGGUGGAGGAUGGGGAUGAGGAGGGGAGAUGUUACUCUGGAUAAGAUUGUCAUUUUCUCUGUGGAUGAACUUUUCUUGCUAUCAGAUAGCUUUCUAAAAUAAAAAGCUACUUUGUUAUCUCUGAACCUGAAUAUGAGAUGGUGUGGUAUAAGGAAAGGGCACAAGAUUUGGAAUCAGAAGAACCAAAUCUGAAUCUAACAACCAUGGUGACACAGUCAACCCCUCUUGAUUGGUUUCUUCAUCUGUAAAUGAUAGUGUUGAUUGGACUAGAUGAUAUCUUAAAUACCUUUCAACUCUAAAUCCUAUGAUCUUGUUCCUGAAAGCUUUCUUGAGAACUUAGUACAUUUGUUUGUUUCUCCCCUAUUAGUAACAUGGCUUAGCAUGAGCACUAAAAUCGGUCUUGACAUUCUACAGGUUUCACAUAGGAUGUUUAAAAAACUUCUGCCUAAGCUUGAAAAUCCAAUUGGACCUUUAAAAUGCUGUGAUAUGAAGAAACUAUUUUGUUCUACCUGUGGAAGAAAUGAGUGGUGAAGCAGAAAGUAUUCAUUUUUUCCAGAAUGUGGAUUUUGCUGGAAGAAGUGAUACUGUUCACAAACAGGUUUUUAUUACCUUCUGUGUAAGACAAAGCUAUUUUUCAUUUCUUUUGUUAAAUGGGACAAAUAAAAGCGCCUUAAGUGCCACCAACAGGCUUUAGAAAAAUUCCAUAAUAAUUAAGAUAUUUGGUUUCUUAAUCCAGUUCUGUCAUUGGUGCUGAAUUUACCAUUAAUAUUGAAAAAAUUUGACCCGGCACUUUAAAACGUAAACCUAGUUCAAAUCUGUUGUCUUAAUAGAUAAGCAGAACGGUCAACAACAAAUGGUACACUGAUGAUGAUGAAAACGAGGAGGAUUUUGGGAGGCACUGGGGAGAUCUUAUUGCAUCUUUAUGUUGAAGGUGUGUACUUAUAAGAAAAGGCAGGGUUGUUUUCCUUGAAAAAUUGUCCUGUACAUUGGUGGUGUUAAUGAUGUUGAAUGUUAUCAUAUGUAUAAAAUGUGUUAAGUGUAUACAUUGUACCUUAAGAAUUGUUGGUGCCUCAUGGAAAAAAGUGGUUUGCUUUUUAUGUAAAGACAAGGUAUUUGUGCAUCUCGGUGGAUUUAACAGAGAUGUUUUUCCUUUCUACUGUUAAAAAAUAUUUCUGUGAAAAUUCGGAUUAUAUUUUUGUUCCAGAAAUAUCUUUGUUGUAUAAUUUGUUGUAAAUGGUAUGAUCUGCAGUGGAUUGAUAUAAAGAAUAGAUGCAUGUAAAAGUAGCAAGAAGAUGAUCCAAUCAGCUCUUGCUUCUUUGCUGCCCUCCCCACUAGCCCCAGGAGCAGAAACACGGCAGGUCUGGGAGCUCUAUAUGUAUUAUAGAUGAAUAUUGAAAGAAAUGUUGGUAAAUGUUAAGAAUUGGGUUGGUUUUCCAAGAGGUGCCAGUUGAGGUGAGUUUGCUUACAGGGUUAUUUCAUUUCACUGUCAGGAAGGCCCUGUGCUUGGAGCUAUUUUUCCAUUGAUAGUGAUGGAUUGUGCUCCACUUUUGAUCAGUAGCCCGUGUUUGCAAGACAGUCAUCUUGGGUUUGGGGUGUAGUCUUUCUCGUAGGGUACAGCCGACCUUGCUAGUGUCAUGCUGUAACCAACUCUGCUGACUAGUCAUAGAUACCAUGAAGUAUCUAACUGUUUUAGUAGUAGAGAAAGCUGGGAGACAUUGAACCUAUGUUAAGUGAUGAAAGAAACCUCCAUAGCUACCAGUGAUAAAAAUAUUAACAGAACUACUUUUCUUAAAAAUUAAAAGCUAAAUAGCAAAAACAUAGUUAAAAAUCAAAUUAAAUAAGAAUCCUUUUUAUUAGCUAGAGUCUAGUAAUACCCAUAUAAUUUUGUUAAUAAAGUUCUUCCAUUAUAAUUUGAGUUACCAAGCUGGGAUAUGGUAGGUGACACUUUUUUUUGUCCUCUUCCUUUCAGUCAUUCAUAUUCCUUCCUUACUCCUCUGCAGACUCUGUAGGAUUAGCUGAGAUGUGAUUUCCAGCAUCUUAAUCUUCAUUCGUCUGUCAUUGUUACCUGGUUUGACAGUAUUAAAUGUGCAAGAAACCUACAUUUGGAAGCUACUGUGGUCAUUUCUCCUUCAGUUGGUAUCUAGAAGCCAUCUCUAAAACACAGUAUGAUAGUUUUCACAGCAGUUCACUGCCAUUGUGACAUAAAAAGUCAGAAUUUUUUUCUCUGGCAAAAAUAAGUUGUCAUUUUUACCAGUAAGUUUUUAAAAAUCUUGAUUUUCACCAGAAAGCUACAUGAGAUUUACAGUGUGUGUUUACAGUUUUUGUUGCUACGUAUAGUUCCUUUUUUCAAAAGUAUAUCUUUGGAUAUGCAGAAAAGUUUUGUUUGGAGCUGUUUUUUCUGUUUACUAAAAUAUGGAUUUGAGACUUAAGUUUGCAAGUUAUUUCUUCUUAGACAUUUUCCAGCCUAGCCACACCCACCUGAUUCACACCCCUUAAAUAAAUUCUCCAGAAUGUCA